CAAACGGGGCAUCUCCCAAAACCAGUAUUCAAAUUUCUCAAAUCAUAAAUAAUCCAAAGUUCAACAUAAUGACAAAAGUAACCAUAUUAUAUAUAGCAAAAUGGAAGCUACAUAAUAAGGUCUGGUCAGAUAACCGACCACCACUCGUCUUUCGCCGCCAUGCAGCCGCCGGCUCAACCUGCAUCCAUGAAGAGCAGGUGGGGAUGAGCAGAGAUGGAAUCCGUUGUGCUCACCACUAUGCAAUGAACAGUUAUAUUAAAUGGGUACAGAAAAUGGACGGAUACGGUAGUGGUGGAUGCGGGAGUCAUAAAAUUGGAGCUGAGGAUGAGGCCAACACUCCUCCUCUUCCUAAAAGGGUCAAGGUUGGUGGUUCACCUGCUUAUCGAAUUGAGAGGAAGCUGGGGAAAGGAGGAUUUGGACAGGUGUAUGUAGGUCGCCAAAUCAACCCCCUAAAUCCAAAUGAAAGAACAGGUCCACUGGCUGUAGAGGUUGCAUUGAAGUUUGAGCACAGGAGCAGCAAAGGCUGUAAUUAUGGGCCACCUCAUGAAUGGCAAGUCUACAACACACUUGGUGGUAGCUACGGCAUACCACGUCUGCAUUUUAAAGGGAGACAAAGUGAAUACUAUAUUAUGGUUAUGGAUAUGCUUGGCUCUAGUUUGUGGGAUGUCUGGAAUAAUAAAUCUCCAUCAAUGUCCACUGAGAUGGUUUCGUGUAUUGCCAUUGAAGCAAUCUCCAUUUUAGAGAAGUUACACUCUAGAGGAUAUGUGCAUGGGGAUGUAAAGCCGGAGAAUUUUUUGCUUGGUCCACCUGGAACACCUGAUGAGAAGAAACUUUAUCUUGUUGACCUUGGAUUGGCUACCCGGUGGCGUGAUAACUCCACAUCCCUUCAUGUUGAUUAUGAUCAACGUCCAGAUGUGUUCAGGGGGACUGUUCGUUAUGCCAGUGUACAUGCUCAUCUCGGAAGAACUGGUAGCCGUAGGGAUGAUUUGGAGUCGCUUGCAUAUACUCUUAUCUUUCUUAUCCGAGGCCGGCUUCCUUGGCAAGGGUGCCAGGGCGAGACUAAAAACUUCGAGGUGUGCAAAAAGAAGAUGGCUACUUCGCCGGGAGCUCUUUGCUCCCUCUGUCCUGCACCUUUUAGGCAGUUUCUUGAACUUGUUGUUAACUUAAGGUUUGACGAGGAACCUAAUUAUGCCAAAUAUAUUUCACUUUUUGAUGGAAUAGUGGGCCCUGAUUCAAUCAUCAGGCCUCUCAAUAUUGAGGGAGCACGGAAGCUCGUACAGGUGGUGGGACUAAAGAGAAGUCGGCUUAUGAUUGAUGAUGAUAUGGACGAGGAGCCAAAGAAAAAGCUUCGUGUCGGGACAUCUGCAUUGCAGUGGAUUACUGUGUACAAUGCUGGGCCGCAAAUCAAACAAAGGUAUCACUACACAGUUGUGGAUUCGAGAUUAGCUGCACAUAUUGGAAAAGGAUACGCAGAAGGAUUGUCGAUCUCCAGUGUAGCAUCGUGUUCUAACAUGUGGGCUGUAAUUAUGGAGGGAGGGACUGGCAUCAAUACUCAACUCUAUACACUUUCAUCUUGUUUCCUUGAUAAGGAAUGGAUCAUGGAACAAUGGGAAAAGAAAUAUUACAUCACUGCAGUGGCGGGAGCUGACAAUGGGAAGGCAUUGGUUGUUAUGUCCAAGGGUACCCCAUAUAAUCAGCAAUCUUAUAAAGUAAGUGAUUCUUUUCCGUUUAAGUGGAUAAACAAGAAAUGGAAGGAGGGUUUCCAUGUGACCACCAUGGGCACCUCGGGGACGAAAUGGGCAAUUGUUAUGUCUCGUGGUGCUGGGUUUUCAAAGCAGGUUGUGGAGUUGGACUUUCUUUAUCCGAGUGAAGGUAUUCAUCAGAGGUGGAAUGCCGGUUAUCGUAUCACGUCAACUGCAGCUACAUCUGAUCAGGCUGCCAUUGUUCUUAGUAUUCCUAAGAGAAAAACUCGAGACCUGGUGCAGGAGACACUCCGGACUACUGAAUUUCCGACUACACAUGUCAAGGUUGGGUUGAAUAUAUAA